AACUCUGUUGGCCAAAGAAAACCAAUUGCAUCUGCCCUAUUCCAGCCACUGGUGCAUCUGCCGUCGACCAUCUGCUCCAGCCACUGGUGCAUCUGCCGUCCACCACCUGGUGCAUCUGCCGUCCACCACCUGCUCCAGCCACUGCAUGCUCAAAACACUUGAUAGAUACCAGAAAUGCAGUCAUGGUGCAGUGGAAGUUAGCAAGCCAGCCAAGGAGCUUGAGGCUAAAUUAAAGAUCCCGAAGCAUGAAUAAUGGCAUAUACCUUUUUACUAUAAUUGAGAUAUAUGUUAUAUUGGCUUUAUCAGUUUGAUAUAACCAGAAGAUGGUUGAUAAAAGUUGGAUGGAUGCUCCAAGAUUUAGCACCAAUCACCUAGCUGGAAUAGAAAGAUUUCUAUCAUUUGCAACUGGAAAAUCACUUUUUAACGGAAAAAUAUAUUGUCCGUGCCAUCGUUGCAAUAAUAGGAUAUUGCACGAACCAUAUAUUGUGGGCGAGCAUCUUCGUCUUCAUGGUAUAAUAAAAGAAUACAAGCAUUGGAUUUUUCAUGGAGAAUCCAUUGAAAGAACAUCGGUGCAAACCGACCAAACAGUGAGAACUUCUCCGUCAAUUUGUAUGUUGUCACAAGACAAUGAAGCUGAUUUAAGAGAUCUCAUAACGGAUGCUCUAGGUAUCAACAUCCCAACUCUUAAUGAGAGUUUUGAUGGAGUUUCAAGCGAGUUUCAGAAUAAUGGUCAGGAGUAUGAUGUUAAUGAGGCUCAAAGGACUACGGAGAGAGCAGCUACUCUUCAAGAUGAUUGUGAUAUUUCGCUCUAUCCCGGUUGUGUCAAGUUCUCAUGUGUCUCAUUCCUACUUCGGCUUUACCACUUCAAAGCACUUUUUGGAUGGUCAGCAAAAUCUUUGACAUGCUUAUUAGAGUUUUUAAAUGAGGCAUUUCCAGAUGGAAAUACAAUCCCGACUACAUACUAUGAAGCGAAGAAAAAGAUUUCUGCACUAAAUCUUGGGUAUGUGAAGAUUGAUGCAUGCCCGAAUGAUUGUAUGUUAUAUUGGGGCGAUGCUAGUAAAAAGAUCAGUUGUGAUGUCUGUAAAAGCUCAAGGUGGCAAUCUUCUAGUGAGUUGGAUGCAGAUGAACAAGUUGAUGGUAGUUGUCGCCGUCCUAAGCCUGCCAAGGUAUUACGGUACUUUCCUUUGAUUCCUAGACUUAAAAGAUUAUUUCAAUCCUCCAAAACAUCAAAAUCCAUGAGAUGGCAUAAAGAAGGACGAACCAAAGAUGGUAUCUUGAGACAUCCAGCCGAUGGUUCUGCCUGGGAUGCGUUUGAUAAGAGGUUUCCUGAUUUUGCAUCUGAUCCUCACAAUGUUAGGCUAGGUUUGGCUAGCGAUGGAUUCAAUCCAUUCCGAACAAUGAGUACAAGUCACAGUACAUGGCCCGUACUUCUUAUUCCUUAUAAUUUGGAACCUUGGGCAUGCAUGAAACAAUCAUCAAUGAUACUCUCAAUGGUUAUCCCUGGUGAAAAAGGACCUGGCAACGACAUUGAUGUCUACAUGCAGCCUUUAAUUAAAGAGUUGAAGCAAUUGUGGACAGGAGUUGAUGCUUUUGAUUCAUCAGCUUCUGAAUCUUUCACUUUACGGGCUUGUCUUCUUUGGACAAUCAAUGAUUUCCCAGCUUACGCUAAUCUUUCAGGGUGGAGUACAAAAGGUCGGGUUGUUUGCCCAGUAUGUGCUGAAAAAACUAAAUCUCUAUGGCUACGAUAUGGUAGGAAGUUCUGUUAUAUGGGUCAUCGUCGAUGGUUAUCAGCUGAACACCCAUUUCGAAAACAGAGUCGUGAAUUUGAUGGCACUAUAGAGUAUGGUGUAGCUCCUAUACCACGGUCCAGGGAAGAUAUCUUAAGAGAAGUUGAAGGUGUCAAUUUCAUUUAUGGAAAAGCCCGAAAGAGGGAUAGAGAAGAACUAGAUGAAGGGUCGGUAGAACUUGAUGUAGACGAGGGGUGUGAUUUGUUUAACAACUUUGAAGAAUUGGUGGCAGAGGGAGAUAAAGCAAAUCUCAUAAAUCAAGACGAGACUUUAUGGAAGAAGAUGAGCAUAUUUUUCGACUUGCCUUAUUGGCGUUACAAUCUACUUCGACAUAACUUGGAUGUCAUGCACAUCGAGAAGAAUGUAUGUGACAAUGUCAUUGGCACCCUUCUUAAUCUCUCACGCGGUGGUAAAGAUAAUAUCAAGGCACGCAAGGACCUACAAGAUAUCGGCAUCCGAAGUUAUCUUCAUCCAAAAAUGAGAAACGGGAAAGAGUAUCUACCGCAAGCGUGUUGCACUCUUGCAUCAAGAGAAAGAGAUAUUUUUCUUUCCAUUGUAAAGAACUUGAAGGUACCUGAUGGUUAUGCAUCAAACAUAUCUCGAUGCGUAAAUUUGAAAGAGCACAAGUUGAGCAACCUUAAAAGUCAUGAUUGUCACAUUCUCAUGCAAGAUUUGCUUCCUAUAUGCUUAAGAGGAGUUGUAGAAAAGAAGGUGCUAAGUGUUAUUACAAAUCUAUCAGAUUUCUUCAAGAGAUUAUGUGCAAAAAGUCUUGAUCCACAAGAAGUUGAUCAACUUCAAAUACAAGUCAUGUUAACACUUUGUGAAAUGGAGAAAAUAUUUCCUCCAAGUUUCUUCACAAUCAUGAUUCAUUUGAUUAUUCAUUUGCCGAUGGAGGCUAAGCUUGGUGGACCUGUUCAAUACAGGUGGAUGUACCCGAUCGAAAGGUAUCUUAUGAGAUUGAAGGCUUCGGUGCGAAAUAGAGCUUAUCCCGAAGGUUCCAUUGCUGAAGGGUACAUAGUUUCAGAAUGUCUUACAUUUUGCUCCCGUUAUUUUUCUGAUGUGGAGACUAUAUUUUCCCGUCCUCCGAGGAAUGAUGGGAAUAUUCAAAAACGGUACAUUUUCUCUUCUGGAGGACGUCCAAUUGGCACCAUUAACACGAAGAUAUUGGACAUGCGAUCUCUUGCACAAGCAAACCGCUAUGUUUUAUUGCAUAGCGAUAAGUUAUCACCAUACCGUCAAGAAUUUUUGGAGUCUGAGCGAGCUGUUUAUGGUGGCAUUCAAAUUAGUAAACGCACAGAGGACAAAUGGUUGGUUGAAAAGUUCCCAAGAUGGCUUGCGAAACAGAUUCCAAAGAUGGAAGUUGAACAAGUUGAUGCUGAUGUAAUUGCUCUUGCUCGAGGACCGCAUAAGGUGGUUUCCACAUAUGAUGGGCUUAUAAUUAAUGGUUUUAGGGUCCAUACUAAAAAACUUGAGCAACAUCGUAAAACUCAAAAUAGUGGUGUGAUGGUUUUUGCUGACGGGAGAAACUAUUAUGGCAAUUGCAUUGAAAUUAUCGAGCUAAACUAUUAUGAAAGGUUUUGGGUUAUCAUGCUUAGAUGUGAUUGGGUGAAUAUUAAAUCUCCUAGGAGUAUGAAGAAGGAUGCAAAUGGUUUUAUUAUGGUGAAAUUUUCUGAGCUUAUCCAUACAGGGAAUCGUGAUUCGGACGAUCCAUACAUACUGGCUUCUCAAGCGAAACAAGUAUUUUAUGUCGAGGAUGGCAAGAGUGAAGGAUGGCUCCAUGUUAUCGGAAUAAAGCCAAGAGAUUUGUUCAAUCUAAGCGUUGAAACCCCUGUAGAAGAUGAUGAAUAUCCAUGAUGUGAUCAUCAUAUUGUAGCUUAAUAAUUUUAGUUUUAAUUUCAACAAGAAUAAUGUUUUGAAGUGCAAAUAUUUAGUGUAAUUGACAUUUUUAAUGCAGUAUAGCAGAAUGAAUUGCCCAAAAGAAAUAGAGCACUUAGAUGAAUAUGACAUUCAUAUUAUAU